CGAACGAGGGGACACUUUUACUGCUUCUCUCCAAAAGUGAACGAUCAUUUGGUAGGUAGCUCUCCUGGUUAGAAACACAGUUAAAAAUCACCGAUGACUGCCGAGACGCUGCAGUCAACCUACAUGGAUCACGGUCUCAGCAAACGAAAUCCAGCGCUGAGACUGGUCGAUGUUACUUCGCAUCAAAAUAUUAACGGGAUGUCGACGACAUUUGGAUUAGCGCCGCAUGCACACCAUUCAACGGAUACUAGCGACUCGGCCGCCGGUAUGGGCUUGAAUCCUUAUGGUAUGGAGGCGACGCACAUGGGAGCACUCAAACUGAGUCCACCUCAUCCGAUGACGGAAACGAGUUGUGCACCGACGUCGAAUUACAGUCAAACCAACGGCUAUGUGCCCCAUUCACACGGCCACCACGCUCACCACGGGCAUGUUACCAGCUACACUGCACAGGCGCUAUCAGCUAGUCGGGACUUCCUCCUACGGCGAGAACAUCUUACGGGAUCAGCAGUACCGCUGGGCACCAGUCUAGCCUCCCAUGAAAGUCUCGCAGCGAACACAGCUCCACACCACAGUAUGUUUGUACCAACAACCAGUAACUUGCACGUCCCUCAUGGACACGCCGACGGUACUUCAAGUUCUCAUGUACUUUUUCCAGGACUCCACGACCAAUCUAACGCACAUCACGGAGCAUCCCAUCAUCAUAUGAACAGUCAGAUGAGAUUAACUAUUCCCAGUGAUAUGUACGGUCGACCAGAUCAAUUUAACCAAGUUACCAGUCCACGAAAUGAUCAUCUCACGUCACCUCAACUUCACCAUAAUCCUCAUAUGAACCACAUGAACAUGAAUAUGAAUAUGAACAUGAAUGUGAACAUGAACAUGAAUCCACCUCAUGGGCCUGGUGCAUUUUUCCGUUACAUGAGACAGCCGAUAAAACAAGAACUAAGUUGUCUGUGGAUAGACCAAGAUCAACCGAAUCCAAAGAAAUCGUGUAUGAAAACUUUUACUUCAAUGCACGAAAUUGUUACUCAUAUAACUGUUGAACACGUAGGGGGGCCAGAACAGACCAAUCAUACGUGUUAUUGGCAAAACUGUGCAAGGAACUUAAAACCAUUUAAAGCUAAAUAUAAGUUAGUUAAUCAUAUACGAGUACACACGGGUGAAAAACCAUUCCCCUGUCCGUUUCCUGGAUGCGGGAAAGUCUUCGCAAGAUCAGAGAAUCUCAAGAUUCACAAAAGAACGCACACAGGAGAGAAACCCUUUAAGUGUGAGUUCGAUGGAUGUGAUCGGCGGUUUGCCAAUUCCAGUGAUCGGAAGAAACACUCCCACGUGCACACUUCUGACAAACCCUACAACUGUAAGGUACGUGGCUGUGAUAAAAGCUAUACACACCCUAGCUCGCUACGAAAGCACAUGAAGGUACACGGAAAAUCACCGCCACCAACCAACGUUUACGACACUUCCACAACCUCAUUGAUAUCUCCACAGACAUCGGAAGGUGGUCACAGUAUUUCAUCGUUACCUCUUGCUCCCAAUCCGCCGUCGCUAGCGCCGACGCACACGAAUUUGAGUGAAUGGUACGUUUGCCAGAGUGCGGCAGGGAUGCCGACUCCUCCCAGCAACGAACACUCGCCGGUGAACAGUUCAUCAGUCUGCCAUCCAAACUCAAUGGCAAGUACAACGACGACAUCAUCGUAUUAGAGAUAUGGUGUGAUACCAAAAACUAUAAUAACACACGGCAAUAAACAAUGAUGAAGCGAACUGACUGAAUUGUAGGUAACGCCACUUGCAUGUUUCAAAAACCGCCAUUUUGUAUCACACUGUCCAGUCGGAAUGCGUUCUUGCAAUGGGAUAACAUAUCUCGUUAACUUUCAAAUGAACACCAGAGAUUUUUUAACAUAAAUACUAUUUUUAUAUAGUAAAUUUGGUUUUAAAAGUUACCAAUUUGAACAGAAACAAUAUUUUUUGGGGAAGUCAUUUGUUGUUUGAAAUUGAACAUGCAUUCUUGCAUUUUAUUAUAUUAUUCAAAGCUUGCGAUGUAAUGAAUCAUGUUGACAAAACAUUUAUUCUUAAUUCUGAAAAAUUUAACGAAAGUAUAUUUUCAUACGUUUGUAGGCUUUGUCGCCUUUCAAAGCUGAUAUGCGAAGAAGUUUAUUUAUUCUCUUCAACCGUCUCCAUUCGAUUUCAUCCAGUUCCUUUCGCGAAGCAAUGGGUCAGUUGUGAUUGAUAACACAGAGUACAUAGCGUUGAUAUUUAUAAAAUAACAGCUAUUAUUUAAUAUUAUGAUAACCCUUUUGGCUAUUUUCACCCGGUUACUUUCCAGAGUUCAUUUGCCAGUGACUUCUUUUUACGAUCGAUGUUUGGAAUAUUUAUGGUAAAAACUGUUUUCUCUAGUUCGUGAUACAUUAAACGCCCGUCACAUGUCAUAGCGCACAUGAGAUAGACGCCGUAAUUACUAUGCGAUAAAAACAGCCCAAUGUUGUAAAUACAAAGUAUCUAUCCAGGAAUAACACGUUAUUAAUUUACAAUAUAAAACGAAAAGCUGGAAACGUUGAGAAAUUGGCGGUUGAAAGCCUGUGGUACAACUAAAUAGUGAUUAAAUAACAAUUCCGACCAAUUUCAAUUGUCAAUUAACGCUUUACACAAAUCGACACUGUUUAUAAAUGUGCCGCUGUCAAAUUAGAAAGAGGCAAUAUCAGCAGUACUGUUAGCCUGACAGGUUAUGAACAGCCAAGAAUAUUGGCGUCUCUGACGCACCAUUUAAAUCCCGGCUGACAGUGACGUUAUUCAGUACAUACUAAAUUGAAUUUUGUUACAUUGUCAUUUAAACAGGCACCAUUUUACGCCGAUUAUUUAAUAUCGACGUCGACAUUUUUUACAAAUAACACGCCUUAUUGUUUUUCAAUGUCAAUUAAAAUACGGAUAUUGAAAGCAUUUUGGGGAUCGUGCCAACCAAAAUACUAUUGUACCAUUUACCAGUUAUAUCGAUGCUUAAUAUGAUGCAUGUUGCGUUCUUACGUCUUCCUCGCAUCACACAUUCUAGUCAAGUUAUUUAAACUGAUGAUUUAUUUGAUUUACAUUGACGAACUCUCACCAGGUUGAAUCUCUAAUCUUUCCCAUCAUAUUUUGGUUGAAUCCAGUAAUAAUAACACUGGCUAAUAAAGACUUAUAUGUUGUGUUAAUUUUAUAAUUAGUUACAUUAUUUCAAAAGUGUCCCCUAAGUUCAGUAUAUCCAUAACCAUAAUUUUGAACACGAUCAAUUUUUAUUUACUAAAUUCGCUCGGAUAUACGCAUAUGAUCGUUUUGCUGGCUCGGUGUAUUGCUAUACUUCUGUGUUGCUAUGCGUACAACACCUGCAAUAUUGGCAGAUUUGACAGUCGUUUUCAGUUAAUAACUGUCCUAUCUCCCUCUUAUCUACCACGCGUUCACCUUAGCGCCUGACAUUUCCUUUUAAUUACCACCGAAUUCGAUUGGAUUUCGCCGACUUAAUAAAAAAUUGAGGCCAGAAAGUAGUUGUAAUUUCAAUCACACCUACGACCUGUUUUGUUACCCAUACAACUUGUCGAUCUGAAUGUGUCUUAUUGGGUAUGGGUACUGUGCCGGGUGGUGUGGGUACUGUAUCGGGUAUGGUUAUGAGAGUUGUAUGUGUGUAGUAAACUCUCUGUAAAUGGGAUAAUUCUAUAUAUUUUAUUUAAUGAUAAUUUUAUAUAUCUUCUUUUUACAACAAACAAGAUAUUUUAUACAACGUUGGCGGACCGUUGGUUCAUUGUCCAACGUUAGAAUUGUGUCCUUACUAGUAUAUUGUGUAGAUAACAGAGUUAUUGUUAGUUUGCAUAGUUACACAAAAUAUAUCAAUUUUUAUGUAAAUAUUUUAAAACGGCUAAUGUAUUUCAUUUAUGUUAAUAUUAAUUAUUUUAAGUUGUGUUUCAUUAGUGUCGCAUGUUUUUUUCCUUGGAUUUGACCAUUAACAAACUGUCAGCUUCUUCAUAGUUGACAUGUAGCAGGUUUAAAGCAUUAACCAUAAUUUCGAUUUAUUUAAAAAGAGCGAAAGGGACAGGCAGUAUUUUUGCCAUUUCCAACUUUGUAAUUUAAUGAUGUUUUUCCCAGUAAAAAAACUAUGUUUCAAACAA